AUGAAAAAGUUGAGCCUGCGUUCCCGGGUUAGUCCUCUUGUGGUGUCUGGAGUAGGUAAUACCUCCAUAUCUUCAUCUUCUGCUGAGGUUAAAGUGAAUAGAGGUCCGAAGGAUAAGUCUGCCUAUGCUGCACUGAUGGAUGAAUAUGUAAGAUGGGAUCAUGUCUGCAUCGCCAAGAACCCUUCUCUAUACGUCAUGACCCAUCAUGGUGUUAUCCACGACAAAACCUAG